CGGUCAUUUGUCCUACGACGCGCAGGGCACAAGCUGUGCCAAAUUUUUAGCCUGCGAACGCAGCAGACACAUUUUGACAGCAUAACGACCGCUGAGCUGCAUCGCUCGCGCGCUGGCAGCCAAAAUGCCUCGAUAGCACAAAAAUCAGCAGCACUGCGAGGCGCUUACCCUCGUCGAGAGCGUCAAAAAUAACAGCAAGGAUGGUGAAUCUCAACCAGCCCAUCCGCAUCACCACGACGCGCGUGCUGCUCGUGGCCGGCGUCGGCGCGCUCCUGCUGCUGCACAAGCAGGCGCAGCACCACGCGGCGCUGCCGUCGCACCCGCACGUCUUCCAUGGACAGCACGGCCCCGAUCACAUAAGACGGCCACCCGCGCCGCCCGUGACGAUGCCGCCGCGCGUCGUCGAGAAGGUGGUCGAGCGCCCCGUCGUCGUCGAGAGAGUGGUGGAGAAAGUCGUGGAGAAACUAAUAGAGCGCCCCGCCGCGACGCCGGCGCCCACAUCUCAAAUCCCGCUCCCGGAACGACGAGCCGCGAUAGAGGCCUGGGCGAAGGGCGAGAAGCGACAGUGGACGCGCCUCGAAGCGAUCGGCGUGGCCGACCGCCACGCGACUACUCCAGCUCUAUGCAUCGACGGCUUCCACGACGAGCCCAUGUGCGUGCCCCCCUUCUUACAAGUUAGACAACCGUGGAAGGUCUGGAUCGUGGAGUGCCACCCGUCGAAGGGCUGGCGCUUCAACCAGCUCAUCCACCAGGGGUUUGACGCCCAUCCCGCUUUAGAUAGAACAUAUGAUCGGAGCGAGGCCCAUGCUUUAGUGUGGAUCCCGACGUGCAUGAAUUCCUUCAGUGUAGACAACUGGACGAAGAGUGAAUGCGCCAAAUUAGCGGUUCUGGACGAGUCGGACAACGUGGGGCACUGGCCUCAAGUUAGAAAUACACAUUUCGGCUUGUACUUCAAGCGGAGCUGGGUCCAUAAAAGAAAUGGGACGCAUAAAGUUCAUCAUGAUGUGCCGCACGAUUUACAACAUGUAGACGUGAAAGCAGCUCGAAAAGAUCCCCACCUCCACGAGAUCUGCGAAGGUAACGGUAUACAUUGCAAGCACCACGGGCAUCGAGCGUGGAAGAACCGGGACCAUCCGGAUAGAGGCCAAUAUUUCGCUCCAUUGCCCUAUGCCGUCUGGGACAACUACACGCACGGGUUGCAGCUGGGUUCGGAGCGGGAUCUACGAGUUGUGUCGACCAUACGGUCAUCUUUGAAAAGACAACCAGCUCGGACGCGCGUCGUCGAGUUCCUCAAAAGUAUACUGUACGAGGAUAUGAAGUUGUCAGAAGAUGAAGCCGUCGUGGGAGACACGGGCGGCCACCGCAAAACUUUGGAUAAUUCCUACUUCGGUUUGAUGCGGCGCGCGCAGAUCGUGGUCACGUGCAACCCGUCGUUCUGGGACGGCGACUUCCGGCUCUUCGAAGCCUUGUCGUCGGGUGCUCUGGUGUUUACGGACGAGUUGCAUACGCCGGUGCCCUAUCCCUUAGUUGAUGGGGUGCAUCUUGUGGUGUACGAUCACGCGGAUAGAAAUGACCUGGAACGUAAAUUACGGUACUACCUCGCGCGGCCGGAAGAAGCCGCUAGGGUCGCGGCGAACGGCUUGGCGCAUGUGCUGCGACAUCAUCGGGCCGUGUCUCGCGUCGAUUACGUGCUGAGAUCAUUAGCGGAUAAGUGGCAGGCGCACCCGGAAGAUGAUCAUGGGAGGUGGCCGCGGCCUCCUCUCAGAAAGGCGCCCUAUUCCGAGACGGGCUUUCAGAUACGAGCGUCGCUGGACCACGAGCUCCACGCUUUAGACUUCCCGCCGGACCCGAAGCGGCCGCUCGUCGGGUAGUCUUGUCUUCGCGGCGAUGGCGUGCUGGGGGUCCUCUCGCGAUUAUCUGGUCACGGUAGGCCCGGCGAAAUACUCGUAGUAUCAAGAUUAACUCAUAGACUUAGGCGCC